AUAUAGAUAAAGAUAAAGAGAAAAACAAAACAAGAAAGAGCUAAGAAGCCAAAAAAAUACACAAACCCUAGCAAACAAAAAAAAAACAAAAAUACCAAAAAAGUUUUGAAUGCAUCUUAGAUUUUUCCUUGUUUGUACAAAGAUUAUUAUUCAAGUUUUAUAGCUAUAGUUUAUAGCUUAGGUUAGUUCAAUAUUCAUAUCAAUAUUUCCCAAUGGUUGAUUUAGACAAUGUUUCCACAGCUUCAGGUGAAGCUAGCAUCUCUUCCUCUGGUAAUAACAAUAUUCAAUCACCAAUUCCAAAACCCACCAAGAAAAAGAGAAAUCUCCCAGGAAUGCCAGAUCCAGAAGCAGAGGUGAUUGCUCUGUCACCAACAACGUUGUUAGCUACAAACAGAUUUGUGUGUGAAAUAUGUAACAAAGGGUUUCAAAGAGAUCAGAAUCUUCAACUACAUAGAAGAGGACAUAAUCUACCAUGGAAACUGAGACAAAGAUCAAGUAAAGAAAUUAGGAAAAGGGUUUAUGUUUGUCCUGAACCUACUUGUGUUCAUCAUGAUCCUUCUAGAGCUUUAGGUGAUUUAACUGGGAUAAAAAAGCACUUUUGUAGAAAACAUGGUGAGAAAAAGUGGAAAUGUGAGAAAUGUUCUAAGAAAUAUGCUGUUCAAUCUGAUUGGAAAGCUCACUCUAAAGUUUGUGGUUCUAGAGAGUAUAAAUGUGAUUGUGGAACCGUUUUUUCCAGGAGGGAUAGUUUUAUCACACAUAGAGCUUUUUGUGAUGCGUUGGCAGAGGAGAAUGCAAAAUCUCAGAAUCAAGCUGUUGGGAAAGCUAAUUCAGAAUCUGAUUCAAAGGUUUUGACCGGUGAUUCGUUGCCGGCGGUGAUUACUACUACUGCUGCUGCUGCUGCUACUACUCCUCAAUCAAAUAGUGGUGUGUCCUCUGCUUUGGAGACUCAGAAGCUAGAUUUGCCAGAAAAUCCACCACAAAUCAUAGAGGAACCGCAAGUUGUUGUUACUACUACUGCUAGUGCUUUAAAUGCGAGUUGUAGCAGCAGUACUAGCUCAAAAAGCAACGGCUGUGCCGCUACCAGCACUGGCGUGUUUGCGAGCUUGUUUGCUUCAUCAACAGCUUCAGCUUCUGCGAGUCUCCAACCUCAGGCACCGGCGUUCAGUGACCUAAUUAGGUCCAUGGGAUGUACAGAUCCUCGUCCUACAGAUUUCUCAGCACCUCCAUCGUCCGAGGCGAUUUCUCUUUGCCUUUCGACUAGUCAUGGAUCAUCAAUUUUCGGAACAGGAGGGCAGGAGUGUCGCCAAUACGUGCCAACACAUCAGCCGCCCGCGAUGUCUGCCACUGCAUUACUUCAAAAAGCAGCUCAAAUGGGCGCUGCUGCAACAAACGCCUCUCUGCUUCGUGGGCUUGGAAUUGUGUCGUCUUCUGCUUCUACUUCAUCUGGUCAACAAGAUAGCCUGCAUUGGGGUCUCGGACCAAUGGAACCAGAGGGUUCUAGUUUAGUUUCAGCAGGACUUGGACUAGGUCUUCCUUGUGACGCAGAUUCUGGACUAAAGGAAUUGAUGUUGGGGACUCCGUCAAUGUUUGGUCCUAAGCAGACAACUCUUGAUUUUCUAGGAUUGGGGAUGGCUGCUGGUGGCAGUGCCGGUGGAGGUUUGUCUGCACUUAUCACAUCAAUUGGCGGAGGCAGUGGUUUGGAUGUUACCGCAGCAGCCGCAUCCUUUGGUAAUGGAGAGUUCUCUGGCAAAGAUAUCGGAAGGAGUUCGUGAUAUUUUGGCCGCAAUUACAACUGCUAGUGUUAUUAUCAAGGCAAAUUUUUUGGUUGGAAAGUAAAAACAUUUGCUGUCUUAUGAAUAUUUUGAAGUUGCUAUGCAAUAUGCAAUUUUGGAUCAAUGAAACAGGUAAUGUGCAAAUGGGGUCUUGUUGAUUUGUCUUGCACUAUAGUGCCAGAAGAAAGACUAUAUAUUAAAGGAAAAGAAAAUGUGACCUUAACAAGGUACAAUGUGCUUGUUUUGGACAACACAGGCUGUGAGAAAUUAAGGGUAUGUGCAUAUGGUUGUCUUAAGUUUAAGGGACAGUGGAGCAUUUGAAGAUCAUGGUCUUGUUUUUGGUUUAUUGGACAGUUUUGAUCAAAUCAUGUAUUCCUCCGUUGGAUGAUUUGGUCCGUAGCUGUAGGUAUAAAUUAGGAUGCUAGUAGUAGUAGUUUUAUUUGGUUGUUGGAAUUAUUGUCACAUUUGUGGAUUUCCACGUUUGUCCAUUGUUUGGCACUUAAUGCGUGAUUGAAUUUUAGUAAGUAAUUAAUGUUCUUAGUAAAUGUCAUAAAUUGUAAUUAUUCUAUAUUCUUUCAAGUUAGAAAAUUCCCAACCUAUUCCCA